AUGUCUACUGCUCUCAAGUCCAUCAAAUCUCUCGCUCCUCUCCUCGACCGCGUGCUCGUGCAGCGCAUCAAAGCCGAGACCAAGACCGCCUCUGGAAUCUUCCUCCCUGAGAGCGCCGUGAAGGAAUUGAACGAGGCGAAGGUUCUGGCUGUUGGCCCGGGUGGAUUGGAUAAGGAGGGAAAGAGGGUUGCGUGUAGUGUGCAGGCUGGUGAUAAGGUUUUGAUUCCUCAGUACGGUGGAUCACCCGUCAAGGUCGGAGACGUCGAGUACCACCUCUUCAGAGAUUACGAGCUCCUCGCCAAGAUCAACGAAUAA